AGUCUUCUCCUUAUUAAACCAAGCGACGACGACGACAGCGGAACAAGCCAAGAGCUAGAGCCAGAGCCAGAGCCAGAGCCAAAGACAAAUUCAAUUCAAACGAGUCGAGCCGGCGGCGGCAGCAGAAUGAUUGAUGAGCAACGAACUCACACGAAAAUGUCAGACACACCUGCAUUUUACGUGGUCGCCCUCUGUCUUGCAGUUCCAGCACGCCACACCUAUAUAUCCUGUCAUCAUUUGACCGGCCGUGUGAGUUGAGUUGUGAUUGUGAUCCAUCGCCGCCGCGCGCCAACUCCAUCCUCCUCCACACCACCUCUUAAAAGCUCGGCCACCCCCCACAAACGGACACGACACGUACUACGCACUAACGCUCAGCUCAACGUACGCCAUGGCCGCCGUGUGCGUCGUCCUCCUAAUCGCUUACGCCGUGGCGGCGCUGCGGCUGGCGCUGUCGCACAGGUCGGCGCUCCACGCGCUGCGCCGGCUAUGGCGCUGGGCCGACGAGCACACGCAGGCGUACCAGCUCCACGAGGUCCCCCGCAGGCUCCGCGGCGUCGACGGUGACAACCCGCUCUUCCGCAAGGCCACCGCCUACGUCUCCUCGCUGCCGUCGCUGGAGGACGCCCACGCCGUCUCCGUGCUCUCCUCCUCCGCCAAGAAGACCGACGGAGGCUUCUCGCUCCGCCUCGGCCCGGGACACACCGCGCGGGACGCCUUCCUCGGCGCGCGCCUCGCGUGGACCUGUCGUGAGGACGGCGAGGCGCUGGUGCUGCGCGUGCGCCGGCACCACCGUGCAAGGGUGCUCCGGCCCUACCUGCAGCACGUCGAGUCCGUGGCCGACGACAUGGAGCUGCGGAGGCGGGAGCUGAGGCUGUUCGUCAACGCCGGUCCCGACGUCACCAGGUGGGCGUCGGCGCCGUUCGCGCACCCGGCCACGCUCGACGCGGUGGCCAUGGACCCGGACCUCAAGGCCCGCGUCCGCGCCGACCUGGAGAGCUUCGCCAAGGGCCGCGCCUACUACCACCGGCUCGGCCGCGUCUGGCGCCGGAGCUACCUUCUCCACGGCCCGCCAGGCACCGGCAAGUCCACCUUCGCGGCUGCCAUGGCGCGCUUCCUCGGCUACGACGUUUACGACGUCGACCUGUCCCGCACCGACGUCGACCUCCGCGCGCUGCUCAUGCGCACCACCCCGCGCUCCCUCAUCCUAGUCGAGGACCUCGACCGCCACCUGCAGCUGCAGCUCCAAGGAAAAGACCAAGGCGACGGCGCGGAGGCGCGGGUGCUGAGCUUCAUGGACGGCGUGUCCUCGUGCUGCGGCGAGGAGCGCGUGAUGGUGUUCACGAUGCGGGGCGUCGCGCCCAUGCCGGCGGCGGUGACGCGGCCGGGUAGGCUGGACGUGCACGUCCGGUUCACGCUGUGCGACUUCGAGGCCUUCAAGGCGCUGGCCGGAAGCUACCUGGGGCUCACGGACCACAAGCUGUAUCCGCAGGUGGAGGAGGGGUUCAUCGCCGCCGGCGAGCGCCGCCCCAGCCCCGCCGAGCUGGGCGAGAUCAUGCUCGCCAACCGCGCGUCCCCGAGCCGCGCGCUCCGCACCGUCAUCACGAGGCUACAGCGCGCGUCGACGCCUCCUGCGCCGCAGCGGAUGCCGCACAGGCGGAUCACGAGCUGGGACGCGGAGGAGGAGGCGGCGUGCGCUGACGGCGGGGCGUUGGGCAAGGACGCGGCGCCGAUGCGGGAGCUGAAGAAGCUGUACGGGCUGAUCAAGACGAGGAGCCGGAAGGAGGGCUCCGGCGUCGCGCCGUCGGAUGAAGGCGAGGCGACGGUGGCGGUGAGCGGGCGCGGCUCCGGCAGCAACCACGGCAUGGAGCGGUGAUAUUAUUAUUAUUAUUUUUGGGGUGGGGGGGUAGCAGAGCACAGCGUCCGAUCGAGUGGCACUAGAUUUUCCAGGGAGAAAGAAUUGCAUGCUUUUGUCCUUUUGAGUUGACACGACGACAUUUUCUUUCCAGAGAGUGGUAGUAGAUAGUUGCAUGUCUCGUUUGAGAAAGAAAAGAAUGGGAUAUCCGUCCAACUAAA